AUGGACACCUCACAGGCCCUGCUGCUCUUCCUGCUCCUGGCCUGGGGAGUAGGGUUCCUCACCCCCAGAGCCUCUUCUGGAAUUCAGAGAACCCAUUUCAUCUCUGACUCAGGAAGCUCUUCCCAGGGCCCAGGGUUCCACCGUUUCUUUCAACACCUCCCCCCGCCCCCCCGGAACAUUCCGGAUUGGUCUCCAGGUUCAAGAGCCACGGCGGAUACCCCCCAUUCCAAAUGGAUUCCCGAGGCCCUGGAUUUGAAGGAUGGAUCCGGGUCCUCCUGGUCAAAUGUUUCUGCGGGGGACCACACGUUGGGCCCGGAGCCCCCCAUCUCCGGGAGCCCUGGUUCCCCAGCAGGGCCUGACGCCUUGGGGGCUCAGGUUCCUGCGGACCCAAAGCCUUCCUUCCCGGCACGGCCUCCAGCUUCAGACAUUUCUGUUCCAGCCCCUGGUGCUCACGGGUCUGUGGAGGGCCCGGGUUUGAAGUUCUCCCCCGAGGACCUGGAUGUUAAAUUCCCUGCUCAGAGACCCGAAUCCAAAGUCCCCGCAGAGGCCCACCCAGGGCCAAGCUUCCCCCAGCAGGUGGGGGGGCCCCUGGCGGUGCUGGUGGGGAGCACCAUCCAGCUCCCCCUGCUUCCAGCACCCAGCCCAGGGCCCCCGGACCCUCUGGUGGUCUGGCGCCGGGGCUCCAAGGUGCUAGCAGCUGGGGGUCUGGGGUCCGGGGCCCCUCUGAUCAGCCUGGACCCUGCUCACCGAGACCGCCUGCGGUUUGACCAGGCCCGAGGGGCCCUGGAACUGGCCUCUGCCCAGCUGGAGGAUGCUGGGGUCUACACGGCCGAGGUCAUCCGGGCUGGGGUCUCCCGGCAAACCCGGGAGUUCACGGUGGGUGUGUAUGGUAAGUGGGCUCUGAGGUCCAGAAGGCAGACCCUGGGGCUGGUCACUGCUGUUCUCAGGGGGUUUGCUCCCCAGAAGAAGGGGGCAGAGGAGAGAGGACUCCUGGAUCUGCACCUCCGCUCCACAGAUCCGCCCCCGGGGUCCCCACAAUGCUCAGUCGAAGGGGGUCCCGGGGACCGCAGCCUUCGCUUCCGCUGCUGGUGGCCCGGGGCGGCCGUCCCGGUCCACCCCCGGCUCAGCGGCGUCCCCGUCACCUGCCUGGCUCGCCACCUGGUCACCACGCGCACCUGCACUGUCACCCCAGAGGCCCCGCGAGAGGUGCUGCUGCGUCCGAAGGUGCAGGAGGUGCGGUCCGGGGAGGCCGAGGUGGUGCUGGAGGCUCCCUCCGGAGGUGGCGGGGGGCGCCUGAGGCUCAGCCAGGAUGGGCGGAGGCUCCUCAUUGGCAACUUCAGCCUGGACUGGGACCUCGGAAAUUACUCCGUGCUGUGCAGUGGGGUGCUGGGCGCUGGGGGCGACCAGAUCACCCUCAUUGGACCGUCCAUCUCCUCCUGGAGGCUGCAGAGAGCCCAGGACGCGGCAGUGCUGACUUGGGAUGUGGAGCGCGGGGCCCUGAUCAGCGGUUUUGAGAUCCAGGCCCGGCCGGAGGGGCCUGACCGGGGCAGAGACAUCAGCUACCAGGACUGGGUCUCCUUGCUCAUCCUGGGGCCCCAGGAGCGAUCGGCCGUGGUGCCCCUCCCUCCUCAGAACCCGGGGGCCUGGGUCUUGCGUAUCCUGCCCACCCUGGGGGCCCGGCCAGGCACCCCAUCCCAAAGCCGGGUCUACAGUGCCGACCCCACCCUGGGCCCCGGGGCCAUCGCUGGCAUCGUCCUGGGCUCCCUCCUGGGCCUGGCGCUCCUGGCAGCCCUUCUCCUCCUGUGCAUCUGCUGCCUGCGCAGGUUUCGGGGAACGAUUCCCAAGAAAAAGAAGCAUCUCCCCACCUUUGCCCCUGUGAUCCCCCCACCAGAAAAGAAGAUGCAGAGCAUGGCCCCGGUGCAGACUCCACAGCCUCUGCCCCCCAAAGUCCCGCUGGAGGCCCCGAGCCCAACCAGGGCCCACCAAGCCACCAGCCCCAGCCCAGUCAUCUCCCCAGGUGGGUGCCCGAAGACGGUCCGGGCAGCCACACAGGUGUGACCAGGCGAAUGGCCUGCUCUGUGCAGGACUUUUUGGGCAAGACUUCCUGUUCCGCCUCCUGUCCUACUGUGACUCAAGGCCGGACUCUGAAAGUGGGUCUUCCUGUCUCCCUCUCUCACCUGAGAAGACUCUGCCUGUAUUUGUGCAACAAAGGAGGUGGGACUUCCGGGCUUGGGGAGACUCCCGAGGAUUUAACAGUGUGGUUGCAAACCACCAAGCAGGCAAGAUGUGGGGGCUGUGUGGCAAAGG